CGCCGAACUCCGUGGCCCGCGCGACUCACGCCGCCUCCCAUCCACCUCUCAAAGCUCGCUUCUCAACCCGCCGCUGCCAAGCAAUAAAACGCCCCCCUACCCUACGCCGCAGAUAGCUGGCGCGCCUUCGCAGAAGCUACUUCGGCUUCAGUCCCAACGGACAUCGCCAGCUCCGCUGUUCGCCUCUUGCUCCCCCGAAGCGCCCCAUCGUAUCCGCCAAACAGGGCCGCCAAAUACCCGUCUUAUACAACCCUAAUCAGACCACACGUACCACACCAGCGCCAUGGCUGCUCCUGCGACCCAAUCUCUCAAGUGUGUUGUGACGGGCGACGGUGCUGUGGGCAAAACAUGUCUUCUCAUCUCGUACACAACAAAUGCUUUCCCAGGAGAAUACAUUCCUACAGUGUUUGACAACUACUCCGCAAAUGUCAUGGUAGAUGGAAAGCCGAUAAGUCUCGGACUCUGGGAUACUGCCGGGCAGGAAGAUUACGACCGACUACGGCCACUCUCAUACCCGCAGACCGACGUCUUCUUAAUCUGCUUCUCCAUCGUCAGCCCCCCAUCCUUCGAUAACGUCAAAGCGAAGUGGUACCCCGAGAUCGACCAUCAUGCGCCAGGUGUUCCCAUUAUCCUUGUCGGCACAAAGCUGGACUUGAGGGACGAUGAGGCGACCAAGGAGUCGCUAAGGCAGAAGAAGAUGGCACCCAUUCAGUACGAGCAGGCCGUCAUGGUCGCCAAGGAGAUCAAGGCACAAAAGUACCUAGAGUGCUCAGCCCUGACACAGCGCAACCUGAAGAGCGUAUUCGACGAGGCGAUCCGCGCUGUCCUCAGCCCCCGUCCUCAGCAACAAGCGAAGAAGGGCAGGAGCAAAUGCGCCAUCCUAUAAAGGCGUCGAAGUGGAGUCGCACAAGGAAGCGGCAGUGUGGCGUAAUCGAGAAAGGGCCGAGAGCUUGAAUAGGUGUCGACCCUCUCCGACCAAUUUCAACCCAUCACUGUGAAGGGUUUCGAACGACUGGGCACCAAUGGAGUGCAGGUCUGCCUCGGCUCAAACCAGCGCCAGGCGGACGAACAAUAUCUCAGCAUAUGGUUCAAUUUACCGAACAAAUAGCAUUUGCUUUGCGGCAUCAUCUAUCUUUCUAAUGCAGCUGGCGAUUGAUUUUCAGGAGUUUAAGCAUUGGCUUUAUGCAGCAUUACUCUCCUUUGGCGUGGUGGAUUCAUAGGACUUGGACUUAGCAUUCCCGAUAGAUUUGUUCUGCAUCCUUCCCUUACU